AUGAGUCCACAGUCAGCCAUUCAAUUCAAUGACCCUCUGGUGACCAACUACAAUUCAAUGGAUGUGGAUGAGUCCACUGUGUCUCGGGCAUCACUAGGGCUGGAUGAUGACAUAGAAUAUGAUUCUCUGUCAUCCAGAUCACUGGAUGUCUUGGCUGCAAUACCUGAUCAAUCACCUCCAGCUCAAGCUGAUCAUCCAGGUUUUCUCAUUGAUCCAGACUUGUACCUCAGGCCUGAGGAUGAUAUCAUUGAUGUGGAUGAGUUGCCAGAUUCUGCCGAUCCUAAGAUUGAUGUUCCAGCUGCAUCAGAAGCAUCUAUGUCAUUGGAUGACACCUCUAACGAACUUCAUUCAGAGCAGCUGGAGCUCACUAAUGAAGAUUUACAUUCGAUGGCCCAGGAGUUCUGA